GAUGAUUAUGGCUUUUAGGCUAAUGAACCCAAAAUUCCGUUUACCUGAAAAUUAGAAUGCUAAGAGAAAAUCAUUGAGGGUUUUUAAUACAGAACAUGAUGUCCUAUGUAAUCAUUGGCAAUACUGAUGAUGAUGGUGUAAGCCACCAAAGGGUACUGCUAAAGUAGCUGACUGAACUGAUCCAAAAGAACCGGUUUGUUCAGUCUUCCAAAGUUCUAUUUUGAGAUUUAAAAAAAAGUGAAUCUUCCAUGUCUGUUUGAAAUCGAGGUCCCAGAUUCUGGAGGAAGAUUGGAGAGCUACAUAAUCCAAGUUCCCACAGUCUGAGGACUUGGGGACGUGUCAUCUGCUGCUGUUGCUCCUCUGUGUUUUGUCAGAGCAGCUGUCUGCCGCAGUAUUCAAGGCCCAAUCCAGCCAAAAGUACCAGCGCUAAAUAAUAAUCAGGAUAUUGCUGGGAAUUGAUUCGUCAGCAAACUGGACUGACCUAAACCUCACAGAAAAUGUGUGGAGCAUUGUGGAGAGGAGGAUGAGUAGACACCAGAUCCAACUCGAGAGACAAUCAGAGCCACAAGCUGAUCAUCUCCGUUACACGCUGCAUUGAUGCUGCACUUCAAGCAGAAGGAGCCCCGAACAAGUAAGCGAUGCUUGUUUUGGUGCAGCAAAUAUGUGCAGCGUUUCUGGAUGUUGCCUGAUGUGACUCUGAAAAGUAACAUUUUAAGUUUCCUCAACUGUAAACCAUAAUUAUCAAAAGUAACAUUCGGACUAAAAUACUGCAAUAAAGUAACUUCUGGGUGAUACAAUGUUGAAAUCUGCCUGUGUCUGUGCUGUUAGGCAUUUACAAAAGGCGCUCAGAUUCAGUCCGGUCUGUCUGCAUAGACUGGUCUAUAGAUAAUCCGUUCGUUGUUAUGUAAUAUAGAACUAAACAGGAUAAACCGACUGCUAUCAUGCAACUGCGCUUGAUGUAUCCAUAUAGAGAAGCAGAUGUAAAUCCUUCAUUUGGGAAAGGGUUCAAAACGGACUGCAGGUUCUCUCCCCAGAUUUGGUUAUGUGAUCAUCAGUUUAAGCCCAUAAUCCCGUCUAAUCGGGAAUAUUCCAUGCGUGUGCCUCGGGAGUCUGCUGAAUAUGACACAUUUCUAUGCGGUUUGCAAAACAUAUUCGCCGUGUUCCCGAUGUGUCGCUGUGUGUACGCACAGGAGGGUCAGCCAUGGCUUUCGGCAGGAGAGUCUUCACUUUGAGCGCACAAAGAUGCUCUGCUUGAUUCCCCUGCUUCUGCUGCUGCUGCUGCCGCCGCUUCCGAGCAUCAUGUCGGACUUCAGGCAGUGUCCAAGCCCCUGCCUUUGCUACGAGUCCUCUGACCUGGUGGACUGCAGGUCUCAGGGCUUGGAGCAGGUCCCCCCCGGUGUCUCCCGCGGCACUUGGCUGCUGGAUCUCAGUGGGAACAGGGUGAGAGAGGUGCGCAGUGAUUCGUUCUUGGGACUGUGGUCGCUGAAGUUUCUGCUGAUGUCCAACAACAGCAUACAUGCUGUGCAUCCACAGUCCCUUUCAUCCCUGCAGUUUCUGGAGAAGCUGGACCUGAGCUUCAACCGACUGCGUUGGCUGCCUCAGGACUUCACUCUCCAUCUGACCUCCCUCCAGGAGCUGCGGCUGGACCACAACCUGAUGCAGCAUGUCGACUCCUCCUCCCUGAGAAACUGCGACAACCUGAGGAAGCUCGACCUGAGCUACAACCGCAUCCGAACGAUAGACGCCAGGGCUUUCCACAGCCUCUCUCGACUGCGCCUCCUGCACUUGGAGGGAAACAGGCUGAACAUACUCAAAGACGGGCUGCUGAGCCGCCAGCAGAGCCUGGAGGUUCUCCUGCUCGGCCACAACAACAUCUCGGCGAUCGAGGCCGAAGCUCUGGCCCCUCUCCGCGGUCUGACCCUGCUGGGCCUCCGCGGAAAUCGGCUGCAGCACAUCAAGUUCAAGACCUUCCUGAAGCUGCAGACCGUCAGCACCCACCUGCAGAUGUCCCUCAACCCCUGGACCUGCGACUGCGACCUGCAGCGCGUCUUUGGUAAGAUCCAGUACGUGCGACACCUGCAUGUGGAGGACUACAAGGCCAUCCUCUGCCACGCCCCUCCGCAGCAGGCCGGGAGCCCCCUCGCGUCCAUGGACAGCCAGCUGUGCAUGGCGGAGACAGCGUCGGUGCUGGUCAUCACCAUCACCGUGAUGCUGGCAGUGAUCGGUGCGCUGGUCAAAGCUGAGCGCAACCGCAAGAACAAACAAGCUGCAAGUGAUGCAGAAUCUGCAGACAAGUGACUGGUUAAAGGAUGGAGCUCUGACACACACAGACGGCCUCCUGCAGACGCUACAUGAAGCAGCCACUGGAGAAAGACCAAGCGGGUUUUUUUUUUUUUUUUUUUAGUUAGUGGAAAACAAUCCAAAACUUUUUCAUUAUUUUCUGUCCUUUGACUAGUUUUACUGAAAGGCUUUCCACAAUUGCUUGCAAAAAUAUUGAAACUUAAAUGUUUUUCAUAUUGAAUCAUGUCAUCAGCAUAAAUGUAAACAUAUUCCACUGGGCUUUUUAUUGGCUAGACUAAUCCAAAGUUGUGUUUUACUGUGGAAUGGAAGGAAAUCAAUAGUUUUCCAUUUUUUAAUGUAUA